AUGUCAACAAUCGAAGACGUAAAAGGAGACCAUGGCCUGUCAGAUCUUGUUCCAAAUGUUGUUCAGCAACUGUCUGAGCCCACAUUAUCGAGUCUCGGCUUGUGUGGAAGAACGCCAGUGGGAUUGAUACAACAUGUAUUGGAAUUUAUUCAUGUUGACGUUGCUCCUUGGUGGACAACAAUAGUUGCAACAACACUAUUGUUUCGUAUUCUCAUGAUGCCAUUGGUUGUUAAAGGCCAAGUGAACGCUGCCAGGCUAAAUAAUGUCACUCCCGAGUUAAAUAUUUUGACACAGCGUAUGAGAGAAGUUGCUAACUCUCAAGAUAGAAUGAAGCAAGCAGAAACGUCACGCGAACUACAACAGUUUUUCCGAAAACACAAAUGUCAUCCUUUCAAGUCUUUGAUCAUUCCACUUGUCCAAGGCCCGGUGUUUGUGUCAUUUUUUCUUGGCCUAAGACGAAUGGCAAACCUUCCUGUUGAAUCAAUGCAAACUGGUGGUGUACUGUGGUUUACAGAUUUAACAAUUUCAGAUCCAUAUUUUCUAUUACCAGUUCUUUGUAGUGCGUCAAUGCUGCUUACAAUUGAGACAGGUGCUGAAGUUGGUGUUAGCAAUCCACAAUUUAAGAAUAUCAAACAAGUUUUCAGAGUUAUGGCAAUUCUUAUGAUUCCCAUGACUGCAAAGUUUCCAGCUGCAGUGUUUGUGUACUGGAUGACUUCAAACCUGUUCUCCCUCUGCCAAAUGUUAUUUCUUCGCAUACAAGCUGUGCGAAAUUUUUUUGGAAUACCCAAAAUAGUUAAGCACAAUCAUUUGCACCCAAAUUCUGGUGGAUUUUUAAACAACUUUAAAGCUGGUUAUAAAAAUGCCCAAAAUCUUGCUGCCAUUAAAGAAGGUGAGCAGAGGAGACAGAAAUCUUUUGAAUUGGCAUCUCAACUACCAUUGCAGCAAACAUAUGAAAGUAAUCCAUUGGCACAGAAAAAUGAACAUUUGUUUCAAACAGCAAGCAAACAAAGCCAAAAAAGACGGCGAAAAAGGAAAGACAAAGAGAAUUUUUCAAAUCCCAUGUAAGGCUGUUGUAUUCAGCACUUCAGAACUAGUGUAAAUUGCCUGUCCAGUUCAAAAAAUUCUCUUGUAAACCGCAACAGAUCCUGCCAACACUAAUUGAGGUUUACACAUGGAAAAUAAACAUAAGCAAAUCAUCUUAUUUUUGUUAAAAAACUCUAUACUGUAAAAAGGAAAGUCAUUCACUCUUUGCCUCAAAUGAAAGCACGGAUGGUGAUAGUUUA